CUCUGGCUCUGCAGUAGCGGCGGGCGCCCUUUGGAAAAGCCGCGUUUGCAGUUUCAAGUUGCGGUCUUCCCCUCCCUCGCUCUCGGCGCCCGCUCGACCCUCGCAGCCGAUCAGAGGCACGCUCCCUGGCUCCGGCAGUGUUUCCGCUUCGGCCAUGGCCACGAAGAUCGACAAGGAGGCGUGUCGCGCGGCGUACAACCUAGUGCGGGACGACGGCUCGGCCGUGAUCUGGGUGACUUUCAGAUACGACGGCGCUACCAUUGUCCCCGGCGAUCAGGGAGCGGAUUACCAGCACUUCAUCCAGCAGUGCACAGAUGAUGUCCGGCUGUUUGCCUUCGUGCGCUUCACCACCGGUGACGCCAUGAGCAAAAGGUCCAAGUUUGCCCUCAUCACGUGGAUCGGAGAGAACGUGAGUGGGCUGCAGCGUGCCAAGACGGGGACCGACAAGACGCUGGUGAAGGAGGUGGUCCAGAAUUUUGCAAAGGAGUUUGUGAUCAGUGAUCGGAAGGAGCUGGAGGAAGACUUCAUCAGGAGUGAGCUGAAGAAGGCCGGAGGAGCCAAUUACGAUGCUCAGACAGAGUAGCCGCAGCCCCGCACCCCAGAGCCAUCUGCCUGCUCCACCAAGGAGGAGACUGCCACCUCGCGUCACCAGCCCACCAGGGAGGAGAAGCCAUGAGAGGCGCUGGCACCACCAGCGUGUCCACCCCCUCCCCUGACCCCCCUCGCUCCUCUCAAGCUCACCAAGUAUCAUUCUUUGAGACCGCCCCCUUUUGUUUUAAAGGAAAGUCAUUUUGGCACCAGGGCCAUGUACACCGUCAGACCCCAGGUGCCUCUCUGUCAGUGGACCUUGGCCUGGCAUUCCCCUUGCUCUCACUGUGGCUUGCCUGGUCUGAGCUACCCUGGCCUCUAACUUGCUGGGGCCUGGCCUGGGUGCCAUCCCAGCUUGCCCUGGCUGUUUCCUGCUAGCCCUGUGCCAGCCGCCAUGCCAGGAGCUUUUCACACCCUAAAGCCUCCAUGAGCUCACACAUGCUCCUCAGAACCCCUAGACUUGGCUCCAGGCCUCACCCCUACCCUGUCCAGAGUGGCCUAAGUGGUCUGGCAGAUGCUGCUCAGCAGUGACAGGUUCCGGUCUGGUGUGGACCAGGUACGAAGCGACAAUUUGCCUUAAAUCUUGCCUGGCAGUGGCUCUGCCACGUGGUCUAAACUACCCUUUUGGCGAAGUCCUUCUGACGUAUGAGAGGUCUGAGUCCAGGUGUGGUGGGAGUUCAGGGUCAAGCUCAGGGCCUCCCAGGGUGACAAGGAUGGAAAGGUCCCCUGCAGACAGGAAGGCUGGCACCUGGAAGGCAGCCGUUGGAAUCUGCACCACAAAUUCCAAAGAUGGCUUUGUUUGCUGUUAAAGAAAGCUGAGGCAGGCUUGGCGUCUCUCGAGUGUGUGAAGGUGGUUCUUUUCCUCUCUCCUCGCGCUUUUCAUUUUGGGGAAGAAUGCUGCCCUGGACUGGGCUAUGAGGACCAUCUCUGGCAUUCUAACAGUUUACAGAAAUAAAUGUGUUUUUCAAGAAA